GGUCACUCUGCCGAUUAUGUGCUACAAAUGCUUUCCGCUCACAUAGGUCUCAUGUCUUGCGACGCCCGGACGCACAGAGGUUCUUGCAUGUGAGCCGUCCAGUGAUGGCUACGCCUCCUCCAAUGGUCAAACACAGUGAUAUCUCAAUGCAGAGAUAUCAUGAACUAUCAGAUGUAACGAUGGACACGUUAUUGGAGUCAUUAGAAACGCUUCUUGACGAAGUUGGCGAUGCAGCCUGUGAAGUCGAAUAUUCGAGCGGCGUUCUCACUUUGAAUCUGGCGGAUAAGGGAACGUAUGUUAUCAACAAGCAGCCACCGAACAAGCAGAUCUGGUUGUCCUCUCCUUUUAGUGGGCCUAAACGGUAUGAUUAUGUUGCGGACAAGGAUGGAUGGUACUACUCGCGAGACGGCCGCUCAAUAGAAGAGUUACUGGAUGAGGAGUUGAGCAAAGCUUUCGGUAGAGAUGUCAAGCUUGGUCUAGACGAAAUUUCUUCCAAAGUUGUAUGACGAAAAACUAUGGGAAUGGUUCAUUGGUUCGAAAACAUUAUCUAUCUAUGCAUAUUAGCGAUUAAAAAUUUGCUUUACUAAUGCCGAAUGAUCCCC